AAGAAGUGAUAAUUACGAAACACAAACUCUGCGUAUGUUAAGAUCUUAAACUACUUCCGCGUGUAUCUUGCCAAUGAGCAUUCGCAUCAAUUGCCAAACGAGCUACCCAAGCAAGGGUUAACACUUUUCAAGCAAUUUGCUUUACGUGUAGUUGUGAUCAAAAUGAUUAAAGACCUACCUCUCAAAGACGUCUGAAUUGGAAAGCAAAGUGGUCAUGAAGAUGUCGUUUUUAUAAGCGCCAUAUUGGAACAUUCUUCGUACCAUUCAACCCUUACCAGACAAGGAUCAUCUGCUAAACAAGGAGUUAAAGAUGGCUGAAGAAACCGACCUUAAGGAUGGCCUUCAAGAAGAAACCUCAACUAUGGCGGAUCUAACUUGGAGUGCAGACUCACAGUCCAUUUCAAAAAUUCUUCGCAAAUAUCAGCUCCCGUUACUGGUGACAGUUGCGGACGCCGGGAAUCACAAGCAGACAGCAGUAUCAGUGAAUGAAGUCAUCAAGAUUGAAUCCAUUCUUGCUGUUGAUUACGUUGAAGCGUCCGUGCUUGAGAGCGGAGUUGGCGAAAAGAAGGAUCCUGCCUCGACAUCAUUCCCAUCUACCAUUGCUCUUCCUAAAACACUGACCUCCGUAUCAUUAGAGGUGGUCAAAGAGCCUCAGGAUCAGGGUUUAAACAAAACGCUUCACAGAUCGAAGAGCCAAUCGACCAAGCAAAGCCAUUGGUUUUUGGCUAGGAAGACUAAGUUGAAAUUCACCAGCGUGAAAUCCCUUGCCAAAUUCCGACCCAAGGUUGUUCGGGUGAUCACCACCCCAACUCAGAUGAUAGCAUCCCCCGAUCUCCAUGUUGGAAAUGAACUUGUUCUUCUUGAUGUCAUUGAAUGCGAAAGACUAGCUGUCAAAUACCUCAGAUGCCGACUUCGGGAAAGCAACGAGCCUCAGAAGAUAAUCAAACUAAACUUGAAAUGGACUGGAAUCUACGAGAGUGUGCCUGAGCCUAAAUCAAUGCAUGUGAAGGAUUUGAUUUCACUUCAUGGCCUACCAACCACCGUGCGGAUCAGAGAGACCAUACCUAAUCGAAACAAAUGGAUGAACCCUAAGGCCUCUUCUAUCAUGAAACGGAUUCGAACCCUAGACCUUCACCUCAAGUUUUCCCAGGAGGCCACUACGUAUUUUGCGAUUGGUGUCGUCGUUGGAGGGGAUGGGGCGAGGAGAUCGGUCGUCAUAAUAUCGACAAACUCGGAUGUACUUUUUAAGGCAUCGCCAGAGAUGGAAGAAAAAACAAAGAGAUACCAGCAGUUGAUCUCAUCCUAUAAGGGUAUCGACGUGGAACGUAUUCCUCCAGAAAUGUUUAUCAGAGAUAAAGGACCAGUGUUUGUCACUGUUCCAUUGUGGGAGCUCGAGUCAUGGAACGUCAAACUCAGGAAUAAGAAAGCUCCCUUCUCUCGAGGGUCGAUGACAUCAACGUGCAUAAACGGACCUACUUCGAUUGAGAAUCACUCCUAUGUUAACGUCGAUUCCACCCUUAAGCAUCCUCGUCCACCUCCGAGUGAAGGGAAAGAAAUUUCAGGUGCUUUAGAGAACAGCAGAGAACUAGAGAAUGGAACUCCAAAGGCACAUAACUCGGAUGUGAAUGAACCUUUACCCGUUUUCACGAAUGACUUGGAUGGAGACAUGACGUCAUCUAGCAGUCAAUCAAAGACACACAGACUCUCUACUUGUGAGAAUUCACAGAAACAAAUGGAUAAACGGGAUUCGAUGCCACACAGUUUUCCACCACCUAUUCCGUAUCGUAGACGAAAGAGCAAAUCUAACAAGUCCUCUUGGCUCAGCUCAUUCCGGCGUAACCCGGAAGCAGAAAGCCGACCCCUACCGGAUGUUCCAAAGGACACCACAUCUAUUGGGUCACCCAGCGGUGUAUACAUAACACAUGUAACACCUCCAUCAUCGUCGUCGACCAGGGAGAGGAGUGGGCACCAUAAGUCACGGUCGUCGUCAUCGUCAAAGAAGAAAACAAGGCGAAAGAGUGCUAAUGACAUGACGUCAAUAUCACGUGAUCAUUCUCCGAGUAGUUCUGGAUUAAGUACCGAUCCCUUUGGACCUCCGUUGCCUCCUCGAACGCCAUCACUGGAGAAGCUGGACAAGGAAAGCUCAAAAAGUGGAAGGCAUGAGAGAAAACACCGGGACCCUCUCUCCCCUAGGGCUAAAGAUCGCUCUGGAGUUCACGGGGGAGAUGGCAUGCCGGAUGGAACGAAGAAAGGAAAACACCGAUCAAAAGUUCAUCGAAAUCAUUCAGCUUCUAGUAAACACAAACAUGAAGAGAAGAAGCCGGAGAAACGGCGGAAGAUGUCUGCUCCUUCCAUCUUGGAACAGACUGUCUCUGGACCAAAUGAAUUAGCUAAUCAUAGCUUUGACGAAACAACGGAUUAUCUCAUCCCGAACUCCACUCGUGAUGAUUCAACCAAAGAUGGUGCCGAUGAUAAUUCAUCUCUGACGUCACCAGUUGCAUCACCCACCGAACUUACAUUUCCAAGCCCCCUUAAACCAUGCAGAAAAUCCAAUCCAUCUAAAUCCACAUCCCACAAGCGAGUCCGUCUUCCAGAACGAACAUUCAACUCGCCAGCGGACCUACCGCGUGAUAUGUCAGAACUGACAUGCGGAGAGCUCGGGCAAGCAUUAAGUCUCCUCCACAUGAGGGCAGAGACGGUAGAACUAUUUGCCAAGCAUCUUGUAAACGGGGCUCUUCUUGAAAAGAUGGAUGCCGAUAUCUUGAAGUCUGAGUUUGAAUUAACACAUUUUGAAUUGUUUAAAAUAAGGCAGUUUAUUUCAGGCUGGAGGCCAUAGUCUGUAUCAAGCAAUAUCAUUGUGAAUUCUUGAUCACCGCCAUUUUUUCCAACAUCGUCAUUACUCAUCAUCAUCAUCAUCAU